AUGGCCCAGAGAUACCAUGUCUUUUCGUUGCCUCCCGAAUUGCUGGAGACCCUUACACCUCGGAAUCUAAUCAGUCGACCACCCCCGGAAGUCUCGACUCUCGUACAAACAGCUCCUCCAGUAUCAGACAACGCGAGAGCGUGUAACAUUUGUCUUGGAGCGACAUUUGCAGACGUAACUGAGCAACGAUCUCAUUUUCGAUCCGAUUGGCAUCGAUACAAUGUAAAGAUUCGCCUGAGGGGCGGCAGCCCUGUGACGGAGCCAGCCUUCGCGCAGCUUGUUGACGGGCUUGAAGAUUCCCUUUCAGGGUCUGCAUCAUCUGACGAGAGUUCUGAUGAUUCCGAUGCAGUCAAGGCCCUCGUCAGCAAAAUCAAGCCAACGUCGAGAUCGCCUUCGCCCAGCGAGGAGCGACAAACACCACUUACAGCGGUUUCUUGGUUUCAUUCGCCUCCAUCCACUCAAAUCGGGGUGUACAGAAUGCUAUUUCCAACGGAUACCCCUGCUCCGUCGUACUUGACGGAGCUGAAGAAAAUUCAAGAACGUGUGAAAGGUGGACGCAAGUGGGCUAUGUUUAUGGUUGCCGGAGGUCACUUUGCAGGCGCAAUAGUGGAAGUCAGUAGGCCUGCAGAAGACCAGGAUUCCACUGUCUCUGCAAAGGCGAAGAAGAAACCGCCAAAACCCAAGCCGCAGAUGUCAAUCUUGAAACAGAAGACAUUUCACCGUUACACUAGUAGUGCAGGUGCCAUGCUUCGUCGUUAUGGCGAGCAAGCUCUCCGAGAUGACAUUCGCAACCUUCUUCUUGACUGGGCUGAUGACAUUCAGGACUGCGAAAGAAUUUGGUUACGUGCUAGUGUCUCUAAUAGGCGGAUCUUCCUCGACUACGAAAAUUGCGUCAUCAACAAAGGAGACGAUCGUCUGAGGACCUUCCCCUUUCCAACGCGCCGACCCACUCAAUCUGAGCUUGUGCGAUGUCUCCUGGAGCUCACCCAAGUGAAGACAUCACACCUUACAGAGGAAGCGCUUCGAGCGCAGGACGAAGCGUUGCUUGCCUCCUUGCCCAAGCCCAAAGUUACACCUUCCACCGCGCCCGCUGCGGCGCCCGAAAAGGCAAAACCACAACGAUUGACUAAAGAGGAGGAAGCCUACCGCGAGAAGUGGUCUCGAUUACUAGAUAUGAUUAGCAAAGGUCGUUCAGAGCCUCUCAGAUCCUUCUGGGAGCGCGAAGGCGCUUCCCUCGGUGGCGUCGAUGCCCUAAUACCGGAAUGGACAGGGGAUAGGCGCGCAUCGUUGCUCCAGGUCGCUGUGCAAUCAGGCCAGGAAGAUGUUACACGCUGGCUACUGUACGAACUGCACGCCAAUCCAACUAUCAUCAUUCCGUCUUCAGACGUGUAUCAGGCAGACAAAGCCGCGAAUGAAUCUGACGCAUCGGACGCGCCUCCUCUACAAGGGGCAGGUUCGCGUCGUACUGCCUAUGACUUGGCCCGUACAAGAGCAGUCCGUGACGUCUUUCGCCAGUGCGCGGGAGAUCACCCUGACUGGUGGGACUGGUUUGGGGCGGCACGUGUCCCGAGCACCUUCAACAAGGAAAAGGAAGAAGCGAGGGACGAGAAGAAAAAACAAAGGAAGAAAGGCCUGAAAGAGAAAAUGCGGGAACGGGAGGCCAGAGAGAGAGAACGGGAGGGUAAACAGUCUGACGUCGAUGACGAACAGGUGGAGACAAAGCCGGAGCCUCGCUCUCAAGACCCUACCGCUUCCCGAAAACUCGGAGGUUCGUCCGGCGCAGCUGAUGGCGUUCUCGGUUUAACUGUUGAGUUGAGGGCAAAGGUGGAGCGGGAACGAAGAGCCCGUGCGGCUGAAGCACGGUUGAAAGUUCUUACUGGAGCGCGAUAG